AUGUCGAAACGGAAACCUUGGAGGAAAAAUCUUUAUGAAAACGACGAAUAUGAAGACAAUUACACAGAUCCAUCAUUUCUUAAGGAUUUGCGGACAAAUAUCAAUGUACGAUUCUAUACACUGAGCGAUGCGAUAAAGGGUGUUACAGUGCUGAAUAACCAAAUAUCGUGCAUUGCCGGAUUCCUUAUAAUAUUCUAUGUGUUGUAUAGUGAAAAAGUCUCACCCACCGCAAUAUUGGGACCAUCGUUCCUAUUAACAGUUGUCGGUUAUCUAUGUUUUCGUUGGAAAAUUUUAACCUUGACAAUGGUCCUGGAAGACUCAAAGACCUUGAUGACGGUUUUGCUAUUUGGAUUCUUACUGGCACCAGUGCUACAUACCCUGACCAAUGCUAUAUCAACGGAUACGAUAUUUUCCAUGACAUUUGUUGUAUUCCUAUUCAAUGUGCUGUUUUGUGAUUAUGGCCUCGACGUGGCCAUGGUCUCAAAAGCGAUAUCAGUAAAUGCUGCCAUAUUCGGUUCAAUUUGUUUGGCUUCACGUUUGUCGACAUCAUAUCAUGCAUUUGUUCUACUAGUCGAGGCGGCGAUAUUUUUCGUACUGUAUCCAAUAGUUACCCGUGAAUAUUGGAGGUGUUAUUUCCUGCUACCCAUAUUCGUGGCAUGUUCCUAUUGUUUGUGGACGAUAUCGUUGAGUGUUUUGUGGAUUUAUGUUUUCGUAACGGUAUUCGUUAAUUUAAUAUGUCCCUGUAUAUUUGUUAUACAACAACGGCAUAAGCAUAACAUACACGGACCAUGGGAUGAGGCUAUUGUUGAAGAAACAACCGAUGCUAAUAUUGAUAUUAAAUUAUAGCAGUA